CGUGAACUGUGGUCUUCGAGUGCCUCCUCGUGGUGGAAACUCCGCAUCACAGCCGUUAAUUUCCCAGAAUGCUUAAAUUAUAUACAGGGGACAAGAUGGCGCAGGCGAUCUUUGAAGCUCUUGAAGGAAUGGACAACCAGACCGUCCUGGCCGUCCAGUCGCUUCUGGAUGGACCAGGUGGAGUUCCCGAUGCCGGCAGCCAGAGCGUGUCCGGAGCAGCUGCUCUGCAGCCUAUGGAUGACGACGACGUGUUCCUGUGUGGGAAGUGCAAGAAGCAGUUCAACUCGCUGCCUGCCUUCAUGACACACAAGCGGGAGCAGUGCCAGUCCAACACACCUUCCCUGGCCACAGUUUCUCUGGCUUCCAGUAAUGCGUACACCCCUGUGCCAUCCAUCAGCUCAGUGCCACAGACCCCUGCCAACAGGCAGGUUUCCACGUACAUCACUGUGCCCCAGUCCCCUUUGACUCACACUCUGGUUCAGGGGAAUGUCCUGGUCAGCGACGAAGUACUGAUGUCCGCUAUCUCAGCGUUUACCUCAAUGGACCAGCAGAUGGGCAAUCUCAGCAUUCCCACAGGUGGAUCGUACCUGCCACACCUGCCACACUCUUCUCAUCCGCUUCCACACAGCCAGAGCCAGGUGCCAUCUAGCAACAGUAAUUCUGUGGUCCAGGUGUACAGCACACUGCCCCCAAUGGCAGGAGGUGGUAAUGCGGAAGUCCAGACCCUCGGUCUACAGUCCUUCCAGCAAGUGCAGGUCCCCAGUCAGUGUGUGGACAGUGCUCCCUUCACCACCACACCAGUGUACAGUCCUGGAAAGCAGGAAUCCAAGACCAAAACCAGCAGCAUCACCUCUAAUCUAACUGAGAUGGGGGACUUUGACAAAGCAACCAAUCCAAGGCGUAUCAAACAUGACAACAUCGGACAGGAUGCAGCGCAAGUGAAGGGGAAAGCUCAGAAACUGAAAUGCAGUUUUUGUGACAAGACUUUCACAAAGAACUUUGACUUGCAGCAACACAUCCGCAGUCACACAGGAGAGAAACCUUUCCAGUGCAUUGUUUGUGGCCGAGCCUUUGCUCAGAAGUCCAACGUGAAGAAGCACAUGCAGACCCACAAGGUGUGGCCAUCGGGCAUGGUCAGCACUGUAUCCAGGCUGCCUGUCACCGUCAAGGUGGUGCCACUGUGUGCUGAGGAGGAUGCAGAGCAGCCUGGAGGAGAGGUGGAUGACCCAGGUGGACUAGAUCCACUGGAGGGUGAGCCAGACACAGCAGGGAGUGGCCAGGGUGGCAGCAAGACAGCAGGCAAGAACAAGAGCAAGCAGAUAAUCCUGAUUGACAGCUCCUACCAGUGCCAGUUCUGUGCAGGCAAGUUCAACACCUACUUCCAGCUCAAGUCCCACAUGACCCAGCACAAGGAUGAACAGGUGUACAAGUGUGUGGUGAAGUCAUGCUCACUGACAUUCCAAAAGCUGGACCUAUUCCUGGAACACAUCCGCACUCACCAAGAGCAGCUCACGUACCGUUGCCACCUGUGCAGCAAGGUGUUCCCCUCGCUGUUUGAAUUGGGGGUGCACCAGUACUCCCACAGCUUCUGCCCCCAGCAGAGCCCACGCAAGGAGCCUACCUUCUACAGAUGCAUGAAAUGCCAGAGCAGGUACUCCACACAAGAAGCCUUGGAGCAGCACCUCCAGACCGCAUCACACAAUUUUCCUUGUCCUCACUGCCAGAAGGUAUUUCCCUGUGAGCGCUACUUCCGACGCCACCUGCCCACCCAUGGCAUUGGUGGCAAGUUCAAGUGCCAGAUCUGCAAGAAGUUCUUUAAGACAGAGCACUACCUCAAGCUGCACACACGGAUCCACUCUGGCGAGAAGCCAUAUAAAUGUUCUUUGUGCGAGGCUGCUUUCAACCGCAAGGACAAAGUGAAGAGGCACAUGCUCAUUCACGAGCCGUUCAAGAAGUACAAAUGUCCUUUCAGGACACACGUUGGCUGCACUAAAGAGUUUAACAGACCAGACAAGCUCAAGGCCCACAUAUUGUCCCACUCUGGCAUCAAGCCCUACAAGUGCCAGUACUGUCAGAAGGCCUUCAGCAGGCGGGCACACAUGCUGGAGCAUCAGCGGUCACACACAGACAACUACCGAUUUCGUUGCUCUGCUUGCAACAAGGGCUUCACUCGCCAGAAGUACCACAAGGACCACAAGUGCCCACUGGCUGGCGGAGCGGAAAAGGAGGUGUCUGACAAAAGAGGGGGCAGGAGGAGACGGAGCCGCAGGGCUGCUGGGAGUGGACAGGAUGACAGCCCCACCACUGAUGAGCUCAUGGUUAACUGUAAGGGCAAGGAAACAGAGCUGGGAGAAGAGGAGGAGGAGGAGGAGGAACAGACUCAGGACAGCGAAGCUGUGCUGUCAAUAGAGAGGGAGGAGAAAGACGCACAGGAUGAUGCCAACGUACAGGAGCUUGCGGAUGGCACAGCUAGUGCCAAGGAUCUCCUUAAAGACAAUAGUACUGCAUGUAGACGACUGCUGACGGUGCCUGUGUUUAUAGAGACUACCCAAUGACACCUGGGCUCUCUGGGUUUGAGGCCAAAAACAAGCACCCAUAUGAAGGCAUGUGCUACAGAGGAGUUUCCCAGCUGAUUUCUUCUUGCUGCUCUUUCAAGCCAAACUGGUCCAGUGGGACUUCCAACAUGUUUUACAUUAAAACGUUGCUGCUCAGCCCUUGUGAAUAGAGCAGAGGGAAGCAGUGGUUGUAGGUCAGAUGUAAUGUAUCCCUUCACUCUUGUUGGAUGAGAAAUAUUUAUUGAACAUUGUUAGAAACUGCAGACUUUUAUAUGUGGUUUUUAAGGUUGAUGUACAAGCUGCUGAUUUGGACUUUUCAGGUUUGCUGCUACUGGUGCAGUAUAACAUGACUGCUGCAAAUAAAAACUUUUUAAAAGCA